AUGGCUGAGGCUAAUAGUGGAGGAAAACCUAAGUUGGUUAUUGAUCGUGAAAAGACAGUCCCAUUUCUAUUACGAAUGUUUUAUCGGAUCGAUGAUUUUACACCUGAACAUUUACCUACCGAGGAUGAAGUGCAGAUAUAUACUUGGAAGGAUGCCACGUUAAAGGAAAUUUCUAAUUUAAUUAAAGAAGUAGUUCAAGAUGCUAAUAGACCAAAUGCAAGAUUAUCAUUUAAAUUAGUAUAUAUCGAUAAUUUACGUGGUAAAUAUGCAUUUAAAGAAUUAGGUACAAUUCACAAUGUAACCUCAUCAACAACGCCAGAGCAAGAGGGAAUAAAUCUUGAUGAUGCGAGAUUUGUUAUUGGAGAUUUUAUAGAUGUAGCAAUAUUUUUUGGACCACCACCAAGAACUGUUGAAAGAAGGGGGAGUUAG